AUGGAGGUUGCUCCGUUAUUCAAGCCCUUUAGGGCAUUAGGCUACAUUACCGAUAACGUUCCAUUCGCAGUUAACAGAAAAGGAAAGGAAACAUAUGUCACUGUCAGUGUUGGGAAGGCGUGGCAGAUUUACAAUUGCACCAAGUUGACACUAUCGCUUGUGGGUCCUCAGGCAAGUCCGGAACGAACAUGCUAUAGCUCAAAAAUCCUUUUUGGUGACAUCAGGGCGCUAGCUUGCGCCGGUGACCUCACUUUUGCAGCAGUCGGCAGCGACAUUGUGGAAUGCAAGCGUGUACACAGCGCUAUGUGCCACCCGGACACCUACCUGAACAAGGUGUUGGUGGGGUUUGAGGGCGGCGGGGAGAUGCAGCUGUGGAACCUUCGGAGCGGGGUGCUGCUCUACACAUUCAAGGGGUGUCCCGCCCUGGACGUGGUCGGGGUAGGGUUAGCGGACGGUCGUGCCGUACUGCACAAUGUACGACUCGACGAGGAGGUGGCGUCGUUCGCCAACGCUGCGGGAACCGGGCUGGCGGCGGAACAGCUGCUGGGAGGGGGCGCAGGUACGGCAGUGGCCCGAGGUGGCGUUGGCGGCGGUGCUUGUACGACAUUGUCGUUCCGCAGCGGCGCGGGUUUGCCGCUGAUGGCGGCUGGCGGCGGCGGCGGCGUCAUUACGGUUUGGAAUUUGGAGGAGAGGCGGCUGCAUACCGUAAUUCGUGACGCGCACGACGGCCAGUUGUUGUCUCUCCACUUCUUCCCGGGAGAGCCCCUCUUGAUGAGCUCAGCGGCGGAUAACUCGGUCAAACAUUGGGUGUUUGACUCGGCAGAUGCAAUGCCACGGCUGCUGAGGUUUCGGGCUGGGCACGGAGCGCCACCCACGAUUGUACGGCACUACGGCGAGGGCGGCCUGAGGCUGUUGUCCGCGGGGUGCGACCGGUCCUUCCGGGUAUUUUCCGUACAUCAGGAUCAGCAAAGUCGUGAGCUAAGUCAGGGCCACGUGGCGCGGCGGGCAAAGAGACUGAAAGUACGGCAAGAGGAGUUGAAACUGGAGAGGGUGCUGGAUAUGGCCGCGUGCGAGGUUCGCGAGCGGGACUGGGCCAACGUCAUCACCGCGCACGAGGGCGACCCGGCGGCCUACACGUGGAGGCUGGCGCACUUCAGUCGGGGGGACCACGUGCUGGAGCCCCCGGGGGAGCUGUACGGCACCCCUGCCGCCCCCGUCACCUCCGUCGCUCUGAGUCAGUGCGGCAACUUUGGCUUUGUGGGCAGUGCCGCGGGGCGAUUGGACCGAUACAAUAUGCAGAGCGGCCUGCACCGGGGUUGCUACCUGCGGGGGCGGGGGGCGGUAUCGGCUGGGCCCCUCCCGGCUCAUAACGGAGCGGUGGUAGGUUGCGCCGCGGAGGGAUCGAACCGGCGACUUGUCUCUGCGGGUUUGGACGGCAUGUUGCGGAUUUGGGAUUUCCGAACCUGCACCUUGGUGGCGGAAGUGGCCCUGGGGGGCCCAGCAGUACGACUUGUACUGCACCCCGUCACGGGCCUGGCGGCGGUGGCGAUGGCGGAUGCGUCGCUGCGAAUGUACGACAUUGAGGUGCCGCGGCUUGUACGACGUUUCCGUGGACACAGUGACCGCGUUACGAGUCUGCUGCUCUCCUCGGACAGCAAGUGGCUGUUGAGCGCCGCUAUGGACGGGACUUUGAGGGUGUGGGACGUACCCGCGGCUCAGUGCCUGCAGGUCAUGAAGCUGGGCUCCCCCGUCACCAGCUUGAGUUUGAGUCCCUCCCUGGACUUGUUGGCCACCACACAUGUGAACAGGAGGGGAAUUUACUUGUGGUCAAAUCAGGCGCUGUUCGGUUCCCCCACCGCCAUACCCCACAGCGACAAACCCGUACCUGUCGUACGUACUGCUCUUCCCACCAUUAGUGAUGGUCGUCGUACAACUGGUCACCCGGUUUCCGGUUCCCCACUGCCGCUGGCCCCCGACUUGGUGACCAUGAGUUUGUUGCCCCGAGCCCACUGGGACAGCCUCACCAAGAUUGAGGUUAUCAAGGCGCGCAACAAACCCAUCCAGCCGCCGAAGAAGCCCGAGGCGGCGCCGUUCUUCUUGCCCACAAUGCCGGGACUGUCCGCCAACCCCGUCUUCGAAACGGCAACGGGUGGUACGGCGGCGGCGGCGGCGGCGGCGGAGCUUGGGGGCGACACGGACGGCUGCAGCAGUAGCAGUGGCAGCAGCGGCCGUGUCAUGGAAUGCUACGCCCCUGUGAUGGCAAUGUUGCGGAGUAUGACCCCGACCGCGAUUGACAGAGAGCUGCGGGCCCUGCAGGUCCUGGAGGGCAGCUUAUCCGAGGCGGCGGAGGUUGCUGACGUGGCGGCCCUACUGGAUGUGUUGAUAGCCUCCCUGGAGUGCCGGAGGGACUUUGAACUCUGCCAGGCACUUCUUAGCGUGGUGUUGGCCGUACAUGGUGACGUCAUCUCCUCACGCCCCGUCUUGACAGCCCGCGCUGUGAAGCUCCGAAACCUGGUGGCUGACAGUUGGAAGCGGUUGGACUCUUUAUUUCAGCACGUGCGGUGCAUGGUGGGCUUCUUUGGAAACCUGCAGCAUGCCUAG